AUGGGCUCUUUUUGGGACGUCAUCUGCCGAUGCAACAAGUUUGACGAGGCUCAGAGUGCGGCCAUGUGGGAGUUUUCCAUCCUGGACAACUCAGUCCCGGUGGGGUAUAUGCUUCCUGAGCAUGUCGCCGAGAUGAUAUGGGAGGGCACGAGCUUCAACGUCUCCAGAUCUGAGCGGAGGAUACAUCUAGACCCGGUUGUCCGGCCAGGCGACGAUGUUGUCGAGAUAUGCCGGCGCGAGUUCAUAGCCCUCUGCGAGAAAAAUGUCGACAGGCUCAACGGCUGCUUCCGAAAGUGGCUCCUGAAAAGAUCCGACUUCCACCCCAUCCGUGGCCUCGACGAAAAGCUGGCUGGCCUGGUGAUUGCUUCGCCGGCCAGGGGCAUCUUUGGCAUCGUCACCACUGGGGUCCACAUGAACAUGUUCACCGUGAGAAACGGCAGAAUCCACGUGUGGGUGUCGAGGCGAUCCCAGAAUGUUACAUAUGCCGGGAAGCUCGAUCAACUGGUUGCUGGAGCCAUGGAUCCAGGCGAUAACAUGGAGCCGUUGAUGACGCUGAAACGCGAAGCCAUGGAGGAAGCAGGUCUGGAAGUCGAUGCCGCGUCGCACACGGUGACUUGGAAUGGUGCCUAUGUGGGCAAAGUCACUGCCGAGUCGCUGAUAUCGUUCUACGACCAGAAGGACCACAUUGCCGGCAGCGAAGAGGGCCACGUUGAGCCCGGAAUCCGGUACACUUUCGACUUGGAAGUUGGCCCCGACUUUGUGCCGCAUCCCCAGGAGCCGGAGUCUAUCGACGGCUUCGUGCUCAAGACGGUGGAGGAGGUGAAGAGGGAUCUGAAGAAUGCCGAGUGGAAGCCAAAUUGCGGCCUCGUCAUGCUGGACUUUUUGCUCCGAAAGGGCGAGAUCAAGGAGGGCGACGACGAGAAUUUCGGGCUGCUGCGACGCGGUCUCGCCAGAAAGCUCCCCUUUCAGAACCUGUGA